AAUUGUUGUAUUUGAUUCUCACUUCCGUAUUUUCUGUUCUUUUUCCUUUUGUUUCUCAUAUACAAGGCCAUAUAUGAGAUAACAUUUAUGAACUCUUUCUUGAUUUGAGAGAUGAUAAAAGGACAUGACGUUUUAUGGCUGCUAUUUUUGGUACCAUCUCUCUGUCUCUGCUCAUUUCUCUUCAUGAUUUUUUAUCAUUAGUAUUUAAUAUAUUUGAUUCCUGAUAUUUACCAAAACACGUCAAUAUGAUAGAAUUAUUUGUAAGUGCACAAUUACUUCAUUACUCAAGGUAUAGUCUGGCUCAAAUUCUUUGUAUGUAUAUUUCUUUCAAGUCACAUGGAUAAUUUGAGAGUUUAUGGUCUAUUUCUGUGUAUAAAAGUGUCGUAUGUGAUGUGGUUAUCCUUUCCCUGUAGCAGAUCUUUUCACUGGCAAGUGUGUCAUCUUUAGUCGAAGGAUCCAAAGGAAAAGGCUAAACCAGAGACAAGAGAUUGGUUGAAUAAUGUGGUUCAUUUGGAAGCAUCCAUUGUUCGACACAAGGCUCACAUAACGAAGUUAAAAUUGAUCUUGACGUUACUGGGGAUGAGUUGAGCCCAGAGCAAGUCAAUGAUGUUAAAGAUUUUCUGGAUGCUAUGUAGAGCGCAAUCAGGGUUCCCCGGCGACACUUGAACACGGUCAGCGGCAGGCCAUAUAUUCCAGAGAGGGUUGGCGGUUCUGACGCAGCAUCAAUUAGAACCUCCAGCAAUUGCUUCCGAAUGGGCUUCUCGGUCUUCCCAAAUUGACGGGCAGAUCCUAGAUAGACAACGCAGAGAAGAGUUGAGGCUUAGACUUCAGAUGUGUUUUGCCCUCUUUGCUGCAUCUUCUGUCUCCUUGUUGUCCAUGAUUGAGGCUAAUUUAGAUGAGACAAUAUCAAGUUGAAAAUCCUUAUUCUUCUGGAGUAGACAAACUCCAAUACAAGCUAUUGCACCACAACCAGGCUACUUAGUCUCAGUACAAUGAUACUCUAGCUUUAAUUUCUGCAAUCAAGGUUUUGCCAACCACAGCUUUGAAUGUAUAAAAGACCAGAUUUUUUUUUUGCCUAUUUUCAACUUCUGCAGUACUUAUGGACCAUCAUUUUAAAGCUCAUUGCUCAUCUUCUUCAAUAAUUUUUCAUUUGUCAAAUCUUAUGAGUUAUGAUAGAUGUAUUUACUGCAGUUGCAUGACUGUUUGUACUAAACAAUUUGUAAAUUUACUCUUUGACCCUAUUAAUCUGCAUGAAUUUUGGUAUUGGGGGAAACAUAUAGCUAGCUGAUAGGGUGUAUCCCAAUCAAUGGCCUGCAAAUAUGCUUGAGAAUUGAAAAUUUUGUUUUGAGCUAAACUGAUCUUUCUCUUAUAUUCUUUAUUAAUAUUCUUUUACCUUUUUUAAUAGCUGGAAUGCAUUGUGUGGAUCCUCCAACAAUGAAUGAUCUCGAUGAAAACAGAGGAAAUGUCACACAUAAUAGCGCCCCUAACAGGACUAGGUAGUUGCUCGAAAUUGGAAUAAAAGGUCCAAGAAUUAUUGGUAAAUGAAAAUCUUGCGAGAUUGUGGGCUGCUGUGUUGGCCUCCAGGUUUAUUGGUUGCCCCAAGAAUCUACUUUUUUUUCACUCCAAAAUGUGCUGCUCUGACUUCUCCCUCUUCCGGAUCACAAGACGGCAACAUCAGUUGUACCGGAGAUUCCCCUCUAAGGAAACUCCAUUGAAGUGCUUGGAUUGCUCCCAUCUUGAUUGUGGGGAUGGUGCCUCUGAUGUAGUUGUGUUUUCCUUUACCUUUGACUGCAGUGAAUUGGUGUGGGAUGAUGAUCCAUUAAUGCUUCAGCUUCUUUAAGGUUAUCUUCCAGCACCUUCACUUGUGAGAAAAUGUUGCCAAAGGCGUAGGGUGGAAUACAAUGCACAGGAAAAAAUUGCGGGAAAGGGAGCUAUGCAAUGGGUUCGUUUUGUUCAAGAUCUGCAGUUUGGUAGUUGCAUUUAGAUGAUUUUUGCCACUACGUUCUGACUCUCUGCACUAUGCAAGGGUUUGCUUGCUGAAGGCUUGUGUUGAGAUACUGGGCUUGUGUUGAGAUACAGCGUAUGAUGUUUUUUUAGAGUUUCUUCUAUUUUGUUUGUAUUCUCUUGUGUUUAUGCGAUUAAGAAGUGGUAAAGUAAUUGGUGAAGAAAGCGGAAGUGAAACAGGUGUGGGAUGAUGAUCCAUUAAUGCUUCAGCUUCUUUAAGGUUAUCUUCCAGCACCUUCACUUGUGAGAAAAUGUUGCCAAAGGUUUACAUUUUUUUGGUGCGAAACCGAAGAGCAAACUUUAUGAGAAAGGGAGCUAUGCAAUGGGUUCGUUUUGUUCAAGAUCUGCAGUUUGGUAGUUGCAUUUUGAUGAUUUUCCACUACGUUCUGACUCUCUGCACUAUGCAAGGGUUUGCUUGCUGAAGGCUUGUGUUGAGAUACUGCGUAUGAUGUUUUUUUAGAGUUUCUUCUAUUUUGUUUGUAUUCUGUAAGUAUUUGAUUUGGCAUAUCUGCUAAUGAAUAACUAAAACUUAA